AUGGCUACACUUGCGAGAACCGCUUGCCGUCGUUGUCGAGAGCAGAAGGUAGCCCAUCAAGCUUAUGGAAUGGAGCUAAGAUGUUCGCGGGAGCUCCCAAAGUGUGACAGGUGUUCAAGGCUCAACGCUGUGUGCAAUUUCCCAGCACCGCCAGACCGUAAAUUACUAGCUGCAUCUCGUGCACAAUCCAGGAAGAACCGAAAUCGAGAACCAUGUAUCAAUAGCAACGACCAAGAAAAUCUGCUAGUGCCUUUAUCAAGUCCUACAUAUGAAGAAGACAAGGACAGCUCCUUUGUUGUUGGUAAAACAGAGCCCAGCAAGGUUCUACAGAUUUCGGUCCCUGUCCAAACUUUGCUUCAGGAUGUCUACUUUAGCUGCAUGUUUAAUUCAACCUUGGUGUUUCACCGUCCUACAUUUUCGAAUGCACUGAAAACUGGAUGCGUAUCUCGACAUGUUCUAUUGGCCGUAUAUGCCUCCGCUACCAUAUUUCUCCAUCCAACAUCAUCCAUUGCAAUCAGAAAUUCAAAGCUCCUCCAGCCCUUAGGUGAUAUUAGAAGCCUUGGGAGACAAUGGGCGAUUCAAGCUGGGAAAGAGGUCUUGCAAGACAUCGACCAGUCUACAUUCGAGAGCGCUCAAACAUGCAUUGCUUAUAAGGUAGCUUGCACUUUAGGUCUAGACAUCAACCAACCUUCUCUGCCGUCAACUUCGGCAAGCUCGAUCACAGGAGCAAUUCCACGCUGGCUAGAUGCCGAGGUAGCAAGGCGUUGUUUUUGGGCAGUUUGGUUCACCCAACUUGUCAAUUCGGAUCACCGCCUGGUAGGAACAUCUUAUGACGACCAGAUUAUGAAUCUGCCCCUCCCGCUCGGGGAUGUCACUUCCACUGAAGAUAUUGAACAUUCGUCUGUGACGCUCUCGGAUAUUCUCAAUCAGCGCCCCAAACUGCCAUUCAAGAAGCCAGCGAGCCCAAGUAUCAUGGCUGAGCUUAUGGUACUGGUUUUGAACUGGGCCAAAAUUCGCGAUCUAGUUCGAACCGCAAACACCACUCCUGUCAAAGAUUGGCUAGCCGACCUCUUCGAACUUGAAGGAAGACUAUCUUCUUGGUUAGCAGCACUACCCGAAACCUUUCUAUAUUCGAAAAGAAAGCUUUACGAACAGCUGGUGGUCAACCAACAACCAGUCUAUAUCUUUGUCCAUGCUCUCUACCACCAAUGCCGGCUUGUCCUUCACAUUUCUCUCGUACCACAUUUCAGUGGAUUGCAUUUUCACAAGAAAUUUCCAGUUGAAAUAACCAGUCUCAGCGCUCGCAUCGCGCUGAAGAGCGCUCAAGCAAUUUCAGAGCUUGGUGCAGACUUGUUGGCCCUGGAUUGGGAUGCUGCUCAGAUUCCUUCCUUUGUGGGCUAUUGCUUCUAUGUUUCUUCCUCGAUCCAAAUUACGUUGCUUGGUUCCAAAGAUACGAGUCUAGCAGCAUCUGCACGGACAAAUUUGAUAUCUAAUCUGAAACUCAUUAACUCGAUGAAAGUAUAUUGGAAAAAUCUAGAGCGACUGUGGGCUCGAGUCAACGUCCUUUACGAGGCUCAGAUAGCUAGAGAUCGUGCUCGCAUAAACGAGGGACUGGAAGUCUCGCAAGACAGUCUGAGUGACCUCGACCGUCUAGCUAGUGAGAAACGCGACACGGGACAACUUGCAGAAGCACUUGCAGAUUCUGUCAUGGAUUAUACAUUACGAAGACUGAAGCCCGACGUCAAGGUCGAUAACGCUGCUGCUCAAGGACUUGAUAAAGUGUCUUAUCCCAAUAACUUAUCUAAGUUGAUGGAAGAGAAUUCGGGUCCAGUGGAGCAAAUCUCCUCCACAGCUCAGGCCAGACUGGAUGAUCAAAUCCCUCAGCCAAGACUCAAUCAAGCAAGCAGUGGUGACGGCGAUAUACCUUACACUUCAAUGUCUUGGGCUCAGAUGAGUAUUGCUUCAACCAGCACGCCUCUUUUGCAAAGCGAUGAUAGCUAUGAUUGGUGGAAGCUCGGCCUGGACGACCUACAACAGCCCAUCCUCUCAUAUGAUGAGCUUUUCAGCCUGGACUUCGGCGCAUAGUGGGGA